AUGGAGGCUAUUAAUUGCAGGUUUGCAGGUGAGCGGCGGAGCGCGGUGUGCGUGACGGAUCAUGGCGGAGCGGGGCGCCGCGGCCCCCGCACGUUAAACGCCGCCGGGCGGGUAAGCGAUCGGCCCCCGGCGGCACGACGGGCGGGUCUCGUCGCCGAUUGGCUGGCGCACCGCGGGCCCGGCGCGGCCGAGCCGCCCGCCUGCGAGCCCGCGCUCGAGCUGGCCGCGCCCACGCCGCUGCUGCCGCUACCCACGCUCUCCUUCAGCGCUGCACAAGUGGCCACCGUCUGCGAGACGCUCGAAGAGAGCGGCGACGUGGAGCGGCUCGCGCGCUUCCUCUGGUCGCUGCCCGUCGCCCACCCCAACGUGGCCGAGCUGGAGCGCUGCGAGGCGGUACUCCGCGCGCGUGCUGUCGUCGCCUUCCACGCUGGCCGCCACCGCGAGCUCUACUCCAUCCUCGAGCGGCACCGCUUCCAGCGCUCCAGCCAUGCGAAGCUGCAGGCGCUCUGGCUGGAGGCGCACUAUCAGGAGGCCGAGCGGCUCCGCGGACGUCCGCUCGGUCCCGUCGACAAGUACAGGGUGCGCAAGAAGUUCCCGCUGCCGCGGACGAUCUGGGACGGCGAGCAGAAGACGCAUUGCUUCAAGGAGCGGACGCGCUCGUUACUCAGAGAAUGGUACCUCCAAGAUCCCUACCCCAAUCCGACGAAGAAGAGGGAGCUGGCGGCGGCGACGGGGCUGACGCCGACGCAGGUCGGCAACUGGUUCAAGAAUCGACGGCAGAGGGACAGAGCGGCGGCCGCGAAGAACAGAUCAGCGCUACUCGGCCGAGGGUUCGCCUCGUCGUCCACCUACGACGAGGACUCGGCCGACUCGGAGAUCAACGUCGACGAGGAGUAG